AUGAAUUCAAUGAUUAGAAAUGUACUUAAAACUACAACAAAUGUUGGUUUAAAAAAUACAAGUGGUUUAGUUUUUAGACAAACAAAUGUUAAUUUUUUAAAAUCCUCAACAACCACAACAGCAAUUAAAAGUGGAAUUUUUGGAGAACUAAUUACAAAAAGAAAUUAUCAUGAAAGAGUAUUGGAUCAUUAUAAUAACCCAAGAAAUAUUGGGUCAUUCGAUAAGAAAGAUAUCGAUGUUGGUACUGCAACCGUUGGUGCACCAGCAUGUGGUGACGUUAUGAAAAUUCAAAUCAAGGUAAAGGAAAACAUUGUUGUCGAUGUUUGUUUCAAAACUUUUGGUUGUGGUUCUGCAAUCGCUUCAAGUUCAUUGGCAACUGAAUGGGUAAAAGGUAAAACAUUAGAUCAAUGUCUCGAAAUUAAAAAUACCGAUAUCGCAAAACAUCUCUCACUUCCACCAGUAAAAAUGCAUUGUAGUAUGCUUGCCGAACAAGCUAUCAAAAGAGCUAUCUAUGAUUACAAAGUUAAACAUGAAAAAUUAAAUUCAUCUGAACAAACUACAAUUGAAACUACUGCAUCUUUGUAA